CGUCGUCCCCGACGGGCUCGUCCUGGAGCUUCGACCUGGAGCCGUCGGUCUUCGUGGAGGACAGGAGGAGGGCUGCACCGCUGCCUAGCGCUGCGGAGGAGGGCUGGCGGCUGGAGAGUGCUGAGUGCUGGUUGGUAAGUGGUAACCCUAUCUUGCUAUCGGGCCAGCCCGCGAAACCAAUUUUGGCCCUUGAGCUAAACGGCCCACUAAACAGCCUGAACGGGGCAAGAAACGGUUUAGACGCCGUUCUGUUUCACCCGUUUCGUCAGUUUAAACGGGGCUUUGACCGUCUAAACGGGUCAACCGUUUAUUCCACCGCCCAGGUCCUAAACAGAACGGGAUGGCGUCGUCUACCGUUUAGACGGGUUUAAACGGCCGUUUAAUCCCGUUUAGGAAAACACUGACCACAGUAGCUAAUUUUGUAUCUCAUUCAUAAGUUGCUAAACUGAAUGCUUUAGUUUUUUUUUCUGUUUUGAUUGAACCUACUAGAAGGGAAAGGAGGACAGCAUUUACCGUGAGUCAAUAGUCAUAUAAGACAGCUUCCUUCCAUGAUGUGCUCAUGUAAAGAAGUCAAAUACAAAUGAAGCAAACUGCUGUCCUUUGUUGGAGGAUUGAAGACAGGUAGCGCUAUGGUAGUUGCCACAACUGCGGGAAUGUUUCUUGUGUGUUUCGAGUCCCUCUGCACCUGUUUUGGCUCAAAAAGGAAGGAUGGAAGCGAAGAUCAUGUUCUUGCAGGACAUUCCAAUUCCUUGAGUUCUUCUGAAAUGAGGUCAAUUUCCGAUAGAAUUCCUGCAAGCCCGCUUCGAGUACCUGCAAGUCCAUCUAGAUUUUCAUUGUCUUCGCCUCCAAGUAGAAACGAGCCUUUAAACCUGAGUCUUGAACACGUUGUUAAACUGACGCAUAAUUUCUCGCCAUCCUUGAUGAUUGGCGAAGGUUAUUUUGGAAAGGUCUACAGAGCGGAGCUGCGAGAUGGACGUGUCUUAGCUAUUAAAAGGGCGAAGAAGGAACAUUUUGUUUCUUUACGUGCUGAGUUCAGCAACGAAGUAACAUUGCUAAAAAAUAUUGAACACAGGAACUUGGUCCAGUUGCUUGGCUAUAUUGACAAAGCCAAUGAACGGCUUAUCAUAACUGAAUACGUAUCAAAUGGCACUCUUAGGGAGCAUUUGGAUGGUCAACAUGGUCUAUUUUUGGGAUUUAACCAGCGACUUGAAAUAGCUAUAGAUGUUGCCCAUGGAUUGACUUAUUUACAUCUAUACGCAGAGAAGCCCAUAAUACACAGAGAUGUGAAGUCAUCAAACAUUCUACUCACAGAAGGCUUCAGGGCCAAAGUGGCCGACUUUGGAUUUGCGAGAACAGGUCCAACUGAGCCAGGACAGUCACAGAUUGAGACUGACGUGAGAGGAACUGCUGGCUAUGUAGAUCCAGAGUAUCUGAGGACAAACCAUCUUACAAUCAAGAGCGAUGUGUUCUCUUAUGGUAUUUUGCUCCUAGAAAUUCUUUCAGGCCGUCGUCCUAUUGAGGUCAGGAGGGGUGCAACAGAAAGGAUUACAGUGAGAUGGGCUUUCAGUAAAUACAACAGAGGCAAUGUUAGGGACAUACUGGAUCCAAUGCUAACUGAAGCAAUAAACAAGGAUAUACUGAACAGAAUCUUCGAUUUGGCGUUCCAGUGUGUAGCUCCUACCCGUGAAGACAGACCACACAUGAAAGAAGUCGUGGAGAGGCUGUGGAAGAUAAGAAGGGAUUAUACGAAAAUGCAAAGGAUAGCAGAAUUGACUCUCUGAAUUCUUGAACCAUCUGAUCCUGGUUGCCCUUUUUGCUUGGGUGAACAUAGAUCAGGUCCUGGUGGCUGGUGAAGACUGGAGAUUCCCACACAAAAUAAAGCAAAUUUUGUGAUUGUGAACUACUGGAAUUUUGUACAGGGUUGCAAAAUUGUUGUAUAUCGGCUCUAUGUAGGAGAUCAAUGUGCCAUACAGUGAGUGGCCUAUGAUUGAUGAUUUCCCUGAGUAGUCAUGAGCCCACUGAUCAACUUAAUUUGUUCAGCAAUCUGUAUCCUCAAGGAAAGCUCCUGUUUGUGGCUCU